CAUGGCGGCUCGACUCGGAGAAGAAACUCAGUUGAAUCGUGAUCACUGAUCACCAAUCUCUCCGUUUCCUCCACAAAUGGCUACUACCAUUAACGGCCUGGCCACGCCUCAAGCCCUCCGUUCGCUAUCGAAACCCAAUCCAAAGGCCGGUUCCCCAUCCCCCUUCAAGCCGGCCAAGCUCCAGCUAUUUCUCAGGCCGGUUUCCAAGGCGGGAAGGGAGCAAUUGGCGGCGGCGAAGGAGCUGGACGUGAUUCCGGUGCAGAGCGGCGACAGCACGGACCAGCAAGACGGCGUCGUCGACGCCACGGAGAGAGAGGCGGAGGGCGGCGGCGAUAUUGACAGUAUCGUGAAUCAGGUGGUGGUGGGUGGGUUUGGGAAUGAAGGGCGGCUGUCGUUCGAAGGGCCCACCGGGUUUGGCUCGUCGUCGUCGGCGGCUUCUUCGAGCGGCGGCGCGGGAGAAGAGUUGGGUAUGGAGAAGGUUGUUGAUAGAGCUAUCAACGCUACCAUUGUUUUGGCCUCCGGGACUUUCGCUAUCACUAAGCUUCUCACCAUAGACCAUAACUACUGGCAUGGAUGGACCCUCUUUGAGAUAUUGAGAUAUGCACCUCAGCACAACUGGAGUGCAUAUGAGGAAGCCCUUAAAGAAAACCCCGUUUUGGCGAAGAUGGUGAUCAGUGGAGUGGUUUAUUCUCUAGGGGAUUGGAUAGCUCAGUGCUAUGAAGGGAAACCACUUUUUGAAUUUGAUCGUGCUCGCAUGUUUAGAUCAGGUCUAACUGGAUUUACGCUACAUGGAUCCUUAUCUCACUAUUACUAUCACUUCUGUGAGGCACUCUUUCCUUUUGAUGAUUGGUGGGUGGUACCUGCCAAAGUUGCCUUUGAUCAAACUGUUUGGUCAGCGAUUUGGAACAGCAUUUACUUCACAGUUCUUGGGUUUUUACGUCUUGAAUCCCCUACCAGUAUCUUCAGUGAACUAAAGGCAACAUUUUGGCCCAUGCUGACGGCAGGCUGGAAACUUUGGCCAUUUGCUCAUCUAAUUACCUAUGGCGUGAUCCCCGUUGAGCAGAGACUGCUUUGGGUCGACUGCGUAGAACUCAUAUGGGUUACAAUACUCUCAACUUACUCGAAUGAGAAGUCAGAAGCUAGAAUAUCUGAGGAAUCAGUGGAAGCAACUUCCAACCCUCCCUCUAUAGGCCCAUCUCAGAAGUGAACGGAUAGAAAAACCAAGAAGCGGGGAAAAGAUUGGAGGAAGAAGUGUUUCUGUGCUCCUAUUCCUAUCUAGCGAUAGCAUCGUCUUUGUUGAGGGCCAUGGCUUUGGUAUAUAUGUAUGGCGGCAUCAAGGUAAAUAUGGCCGGAGAAAAAUGGGUGUGCUAUAUCUCUCAACUCCAUUUGUAAUCUAUACAUGUAUACUAUCCUUUCCUCUCAUUGUAAGCAAAAAGUCUUAAGUAUCUUGGAAUGUAAAAAUGUAGUCUCAAUCUUAACUAAUUUAUUCAUACUAAUCUUAAUGAAUACUUAAUGAUUAUUUCACUACCUA